GUAUCGCAAGUAACGAUGGGGUGCUGCUCGUCCAAGGCGCAGCUCUCGACGGUGUCGGAGCCGGCGAGGGCGCGCCCGCCGCAGCAACAGCAGCAGCGACAGCAGCCGAGAGGAGGACAGGCGCUUGGAGGAGGAAGCUUGCAGACCAACGGGCCGGAGCCGUCCGCCGCGGAGAAGAGAGCCCGCGCAGCUGAAGCGGCCGAGGCGCGCAAGGGCGACUGGCGCCAGGGAGGCCACGCCGACCCGGACAAGGCGCGCAGCAUGGCGCAGCGACGCAAGAAGGACGAGCUGCUGGCCAGGAUCUACAACAAAUACACGGCGCUGGGGCGGGAGCCGCCCAUCGGGCUGCCGUCCUGCGACGUGGACCAACUGCGCCGCCACCUCGAAACGCUGCGCUGAAGUUGAUACGAGACCGCUCGCGACGGAGCAUUUGCAAGAGAAUUUUGUUGAAUAUAUGACGGAGACUGCGACGCAGCCCGUGCCUACCUUACUUUGCUGGGACUCGUGUGUGGAUUGACAUUCGACUUGUCGACGUUGACCAUGUUGAGCUCGUCGGCACUCCAGACAACGAC